CCUCAGCUCCCACCUCAGACAUUUCGUUCUUCAUCGGGCAUUUCAUGACAGCAGAUUCGUCAAAGACGAUAACCAACCUUGUAAAGAAAUUAAUACAAAAUUCAGACGCCUCUUAAUGAGGCGACUACCGCCAUUCACUCGGAAACAUCAGACAUCAAAACGGAGGCGCAUCCAAUAAAUCCCGGCAAACCUGGGUGGAAAGUGCGAAGACGGAAGCCGCGCUAAGUAAAAGUAUCUGGAUGUCUGCAGAUUCGUCAGGAAGGUCCCAUGUCCCCAGAUGGAGCCUGAGGGUGACAAUCACCGAGGAACCGCCUUCCAGUGGAGGAACUACAAGCUUCUCCUGGACCCGGCUCUUCCCGGGACGCGGACCAAUCAGAAGGUUUAUCGCUACGAUGGGAUCCACUUCAACAUCACGGAUGGACCGUUUCUUCCACUGGGAGAUCCGCGGGACCCUCGGCCACAACGUAUGUGGAGUAAACCACGAGAAGUGUCCCUUCCUAUCCCCAAAUUCAAGGUUGAUAAGUUCUACAUUGGACAGCUCCCCCAGAAAGAGGUCACGUUUGCCCAUCUGAACGACAACAUCCGCGAGCCCUUCCUGACAGACAUGUGCCGCAAAUUCGGCAACGUGGAAGAGGUGGAGAUCUUGCUGCAUCCAGAGACCCGCAAACACCUCGGCCUGGCCAAGGUCCUCUUCUCCAGCUCUCGGUCAGCCAAGGACACCGUCGCUCACCUUCAUAACACAUCCGUGAUGGGCAACAUCGUGCAUGCUGAGCUCGACCUGCUAGGUCAACAGCGGAAAAAAUAUUACGACUUGAUUGUGAGCGGAACCUACAAUGCCCAGACAGUUCCCACCAGUGGUAGGUGGGCGCAAGAGAGGCUGCUGCCCGAACAGGCUGAUAGUCGAAGGCGCUUGUCCAGCGACACCACCUCUUUCCAACCUGGAAAUGGGACCCCGUCGUCUCAAGAUUCUGGAUCUCUGUACAACCAGUAUACGCCAUCCCUGACGUCCUCCCAGGGCACCCCGUACACUCCCAGAUCUGGCACACCCUUCUCUCAGGACUCUGCCUACUCCAGCAGGCAGAGUACCCCCAGCCAUUCCAGCACCCAUGACGCCUCAGGAUACAAGUCACGGCGGCAGGAGAACAGCUCUGGCGACUCCUACUCACGGCGCUCUGGACACCACUAUUCUUCAGCUUCCUCAUCUUCCUCACAGCACGAUAGCAGUCACCGGCGAUACCACCGGCACCAACAUCGAACCUCUCCUCAGUCCUACCGGUCUCGCCACCGGAAACCUCCCCCGCCUCCAGAGGAACCACCUUUACACCGCUUUCCUGGGACGCCUCCCCUGCCUACACCUCCGCCACUCCCGCCGGACGAUACUCAGGCUGACCGGGACUAUCGACUGCAUCCCCCACUGCCGCCUUCUCCACCAUCUUCUUCUUCACUGCAGCCCCCGCCGCCGCCUAUUGAGAGCUGGGAGCCGCCGCCUCCACCUCCCCCGCUCCCGGCCUGUUCCCCACCUCCUUCCCCAGCGCGUUCCUGCUCCCCGCUCCCGGAUGGAGUCUCUGAGAGCCUGCCUUUCACACAGCACAGCAGCAGCUUAGACUCUCGUAUUGAGGCGCUACUAAAGGAACAGCGCUCUAAAUUCUCCUUCCUGCCUUCUGACACAGAGGAGGAGGAUGAAGGGACUGCGGAUGGGGCCACACAGGAGACCACGGUCCAGGAAGAGAUUCCCCUACCUAUGCCGCCCACGCACGGGCCAUACACUCCCCCUCCACCUGCCAAUUUUGAGGAUGUGUCCGCCGAGGCCUUCCUGAGGUUUGGAGAUAUUGGUAGGACGGCCAACGGGCAGGAACGGUUGUCUUCAGGAGAGGAUAUGGAAAUUUCGGAUGAAGAAAUGGCCAUGGAGAUGCCAGGAGCUGCUGUUCCACCUUACCAGCUUCUGCCCCACCUAGCGGGACCUGCAGGAGGUUACCCAUCGCAACAUCUUCCUUCCCCUCUUUUACAGUUACCCCCCCACCCGCACCACCAAGUCCCCAAUUCCUAUCCGCUCCUGCCCAACGCUGCUGCCAGAGGAAGGCUGGGGGAUCUUGGAGGCCAUCCGCCCACCCCUCCACCCCUCGACCCUUCAUCCUCUUCAGCCACGGCGGCUCCCCAUAUAUAUGAUUUUGUGAACUCCUUGGAGCUGGUGAGCAGACUGGGUAACCAGUGGGGCGGAACUUCCAUGUCCUUCCAAAUGCAGACUCAGAUGCUGAGCCGCCUACAGCAGAGCAGGCAAGGAAAAGGACAGCCGUACGAGGAACCCUAUAUUCCGCCAUUAAUACCCCACCCACUGCCACACAGACAUAGACAGCAACACCUUCCACCUCUCAUGGCUGAGCAGGUCUUUGGAGGGGUUUACCCCCUUUUCCCUGCUCAGCAACCCCAACAUUUGUUACCACUACAGGACCUAUCUACCAGAAACAACCAAACACUGGGACAGGAACCCCAGCCUCCGAGCUGGGAUAUGGAGAUUGGAGUGGACCCGCACGCUACUACUAUCGCAAGUGUGUUGUCUGCCCUUAUCCAGGAGAUGAAGAGCACUAUGCAGAGAGACUUAAACAGAAAGAUGGUGGAAAAUGUUGCCUUCCAAACCUUCGAUGAGUGGUGGGAGCGCAAGGAGGAGAAGGCAAAACCGUUCCAGAGUGUUCCCAAACCUGCCCCUCGGGAAGAAGACAAGGAAAAGACCCGUCCAAAAGAGCCUGGCCUGCUCUCAUUGGUGGAUUGGGCCAAGAGCGGAGGCGCUGAAGGUUUCGGGUUUGGCACUGGAUUGCGGGAGGCUCUGAGACUUCCGUCAUUCAAGGUCAAGAGGAAGCAGCACUCGGAGGAUGAAGACGGCGAUAUGAAGAGGCCACGGCCAUCUACCCCAGCAGAAGAGGAAGAGGACGAGCGACAGAAGCAGACUCCAUCUGAAGCACGGCCAGGAGUAAAACCUCCACAGAGGGAUGGCGCACGAACAAAAAACAAACGCAGGAGCCCGUUCCAUUUAGACAGCGAGGGUGAAGAAGCCUCUGAGGAUUCUGCAUCUGAUAAGGAUGAUGAUGAUGAUGAUAGCGAUAGCAGCAGCAGCAGCAGCAGCAGCAGCAAGGAUGAAGAUUCUGAAGAAGAGACCCCUCUGGCCAAGCUCUCCAACAAGAUCGUCUCGGACGACAGCGACAGCUCCAGCGAUGAGGACAGCAGCUCGUCAUCCUCCUCUUCCUCUUCAUCCUCUUCUUCAUCGUCCUCUUCAUCCCCAGCCUCCUCUGAUGAUGAGGAAGAUCAGGAGGAUGAGACCUUAGAAGCUCGCCCAAUUCCUGAACCUUUCAGACCUCCCAGCCCACCAGAACCUCCUCCAGAACCUGAACCCAUCUCGGAGAAAGAGGAGAGCCUGGAUGAGUCUCCAUCAGUCAAACAGGAAACCCAUCUAGAAGCUCUACCCCAAGAGCCUCUACCCCAGCCUCUUCCAGUCUCUCCCCCCAAACCAUCUGCCCCUCCAUCUCCACCACUACCACUUCUUCCUCCACCCAAAAAGAGGCGAAAAACCGUCACCUUCCUCCUUUCUCCGGAAGAGGAGCCUGAACCCGCUGAGAGCAAACCUCCAAAUCACAUGGUUACAGAGAAACCGCCCCCUGAGAUUCUACAAAAAGCACAGGAAGAGCCAGCGUUGGAACCUUUGCCACCACCAGCAGAGGAACCACCACUGCCUUCACCGAAGGCUCCUUCUCCGGUACAUUCACCAGAGAAGCUUUUGAGCCCCAAAGCAGAGCCUGUACUGGUCCCACAGCCUGCCAAAGAGCCUUCUCCUCAGAGGAUACCUCCAGAACAGCUAACAGUAUUAAACCUCCCUUGGGACCAUGCCUGUCUGGUCAAGUCCAACCCGCCACGUGUCGGACUAGAAAUCAUGCCACCGGAUGGAGAGGAUAUGUUAGAUGAUUACGAUCAAGAGGAGGAGGUAAAACCAACUCUUCUUCCAGAACUUCCACAGAAAUCGCAACCAACGCCUGCCUCUGUACAAGUGCCGCUAGAGCCAGAAAGAACUGAAAAUCUAGAGGAACAACUUCUUAUCCCAGUGCGGCAGAUCUUACUGGAGCAUAGUUACGCACAGAUACCUGCCUCAUUAAAACAGCCUCCCAAGAGGCAUCGCGGAGUGUCUUUAGACUUGGAAAAGCCAAGCGACUUCCUCCAUGUCGACUUGGGUCAGCCUGUGCUGGAGGCCCCAGAGGAGGUCAUUUGCGUUGGAGGUGGCUUAGUACCAGGACUGGAGGCCAGGACAGGUUUGUUGGAUGUUGGCGACCUUCAUUUGUCAUCCUCCAGGAAACUGGAGGAGAUUAUGGCCAAAGCAACUCGCGAGGACUCUAAGAGUAAAAACCGAAAGCAGCAACAUGCCAAGGAAGUGAUAGAGCCUGGGGAGGUAACAUCAGACGAAGAAGACGAAGAGGAAGAUGAGGAGGAAUUCUGGAUAACGACGCGAGAGUUGAGGUCUCACAAGAACCGUCGUCCUUUAAUACCUGCUUCCCCGCCAAAAUACGAGGUGCGCAGCGAGUUUGAACAGAUGACCAUUCUCUAUGACAUUUGGAACCAAGGGCUGGAUACAGAAGACCUGUAUUUCUUGCGGGAAACCUAUGAGAGACUGCUACAGGAGGACCACAGUACAGACUGGCUGAAUGACACCCACUGGGUACCCCAUACAAUCACCAACAUUGCUGACCCCAAGAAAAAACGUAACAAGCAAGAUGGCCUCCGGGAGCACCCGACGGGAUGUGCGCGCAGUGAAGGUUAUUAUUCCAUCAGCAGGAAGGACAAAGACAAGUACCUGGAUGUGAUUCCUGUAUCUGUACGGGAACUGGACAGUGACAUGCAGGGUACAAACAGGGUGUUGUCUGAGCGCCGCUCAGAGCAAAGGCGUCUACUCAAUGCCAUCGGUUCGUUCUCAAUUUUGGACAGCGACUUGCUAAAGCUCAACCAGCUGAAGUUCCGUAAGAAGAAGCUGAGAUUCGGCCGCAGUCGCAUUCAUGAGUGGGGUCUCUUCGCCAUGGAGCCCAUCGCUGCUGAUGAGAUGGUGAUUGAGUACGUCGGGCAAAACAUCCGUCAGGUGGUGGCGGACAUGAGGGAGAAGAGGUACGCUCAGCAAGGGAUCGGAAGCAGCUAUUUAUUCCGUGUCGACCAGGACACCAUCAUAGAUGCCACCAAAUGUGGCAACUUGGCCAGAUUUAUAAACCACUGCUGCACGCCUAAUUGUUACGCCAAAGUCAUCACCAUCGAGUCCCAAAAGAAAAUUGUCAUCUACUCCAAGCAGGCGAUCAACGUCAAUGAGGAGAUCACCUACGACUACAAAUUCCCCAUCGAAGAAAACAAAAUUCCCUGUUUAUGUGGGACUGAGAACUGCCGGGGGACUUUGAAUUAGCUGCAAGCCCAGUUGCAGGUUCUUGGUCAUGGGUUCCGCAUUACUUGCUUACUGUGGCCAAAAACGACAGACUCUGGCGGUCAUAAUAGGCGUAGGACUUGUUUCUGACGGCCUUUUUAGAAGCAUCCAGGCCUGUUACCCAAUUAAUUUUCCAGUAUGAAGACAACUUGGCAUUUGUUCGGUGCCCAUUGCAGUACCUAGAAUUUUUUUUUUUUGUGGGUAUUUAGAAUGUUUUUCUUCUUCUCUGGACCUGAAUAUUCUAGCAGCCUGGCCUAUGUAUGGCACUUUAAGACGCCUAUACUUUACAACAUUGACCAGAUCUGUACCGUGACGGUCGUUCCACUUCAUUCGUUCAGUCCCAUGGGGAGGGGGGGGCGGGGGGAUACUUAUCUGUAUAUAAAUAUAUGUUGAUUUUUUUAUUUGCUAGCCAUUUUAAUUGGCCUAUUUUUCUAUAUAAUUCAGUUAUCUGUUCUUUUUAUUCCUUUCUGGGAGUAUGUUAUUUAUACAGGGCAGCAGCCAAGAGAUGUGGACCCUCCCGUGUUUUUUUUUUUUUUUUGUUUUUUU